AUGUUCAGGGACUAUGGAGCGGGCAGUGCGGACGGCCCGGGAUCCUCGUACAACCCUCGCCCUCAGCACCCUGCCCUGCGCAGCAUGGGACCGGCCGCCGCCUCAGGGACUCCGGGAGCAGCGCAGCAGAAGUUCCCCCCUGGUCCAAGCGCAGGGGCUGCCAGCUUCGUUCCCAGCCUCAACACCAUCACCUCCAGCCAGGACCUGCAGUGGAUGGUUCGGCCCACGACGCUCAACACAUGCUCCUCGCCCUCCUCCUCCUUCACAGCUGCCCCAUACCCCCGCCCCUAUGGCCCCUACCCUGCCGGGGCCCGCCCAGGCGUCAUCCGCACCAUUGGGCCCACCCCUGGGCUACGUCGGAGGCACAGUGAGCAUAUGACCCCCGAGGAAGAGGAGCGGCGCAGGGUACGACGGGAGAGGAACAAACUGGCUGCAGCAAAGUGCCGGAACCGGAGGAAAGAGCUAACGGACUGUCUGCAAAUGGAGACGGACCAGUUGGAGGAGGAGAAGUCAGGCCUGCAGAAGGAGAUUGCAGAGCUGCAAAAGCAGAAGGAGAGGCUUGAGCUGAUUUUGGAGGCCCACCGGCCAGUGUGCAAAGUGCAGGAUGAGUCCUCGGGAGAGGAGGAGGAGCUGGGGGGGCCGUCCGCCCCACCCCCUGUCAAGCAGGAGUCCCCGGACCCUCCCCCAGCAGUCCCACGUCGGCCCCCACCACCGGUGCCCCCACGGAUCAGCCUUCCCCCCAGCGGGGUCCUGGAGCCUGAGGCUCUGCACACCCCCACCCUGAUGGUCACACCCUCGCUAACUCCCUUCACUCCAAGCCUGAUCUUCAACUACCCUGCCCCAGGGGAAGGGGAGCCCUCUGCUGGCCAUACCUUCCCGCCUGAGCCCUGCAGCUCUGCCCACCGGCGUGGGAGCAGCAGUGGUGACCAAUCAUCUGACUCCCUCAACUCCCCCACCCUGCUGGCGCUCUGACAGGCACGGCUUCCCCAGCCCUUUUCUUCCUGCUCAGGAACCAGCCUCAUGACCAGGAACCUUCCACAUGGUUCCAGACAAUUCUAGAACUGUUCCCUGUCAUCCAGGGCCCUUCUGGAACCAUUUAUCUCAGCUGUGGUACCUUUAUGAUCAUUCUAGCACUUUUUCCCCAUUAUCCCAACUUCCUGUUCAUUCCAGACACAUCUGAAAUCUCCCCUUCCACUUUCAAACCUUCACUGUCAUUCUAGAUAAUUCUAGAAGCACCCCACCACACACACACUCCAUUCCAGGCUCCCAAUUAUUUCACACCCAUCUGGAAUUUCCCCCUCAGCUCUAGAACUUUCAGUGACAUUCUAGAACCUUCCCUGCCAUCGGUGUUUGAUUAUUCCAGGGCUCCCUGGAAUCUUUCACUCACGAGUCAGGAACCUGUCCAUCCCUUUACCAUCAUUA